AUGCUUGAUGAGCAUUUGAUAAGAUUUUCACUGGCACAUUCAUCUGUCAGAUUCCGAGAUAUAUCCAACUUAAUUAUCAUUCUCAAUAAUGAAGACCGUAGAAGUUGCAGAAUUACAAAGAAAAUCAUGAGGAACUGGGAGAGGAAGUUUAUUCAAAGAAAUAAAUUAGGAGAGAGAGAAGAUUCAAUGUCCUCCCCAUAUUGGAACAGUUUAUUUGAGAGCAGCACAGGUGAUGUUGGCAAAAUUUCUUCAUCCAGUUCAACAUCUUGGUCCAGGUUAAAGGAUCCCCGAAUUGUGCGUGUAUCACGAGCACUUGGAGGAAAAGAUAGGCAUAGCAAAGUAUGUACCGUAAGGGGCCUUAGAGACCGGCGCGUAAGGCUUUCUGUUCCUACUGCAAUACAAUUAUAUGAUCUUCAAGAACGAUUAGGGCUAAAUCAGCCAAGCAAGGUGGUUGAUUGGCUACUUAAUGCUGCAAAGCAUGAAAUUGAUGAACUCCCCCCUCUCCAAAUCGCUCCAGGGAGCUUUAGCCAAAGCCUUCAUCCAGUGCUAAAUUCACAUGAAUUUAUAAGACCUCAAUCUGAAAAAGAAGUCAUGAAGAUCUGUAGCGGUAUCAAUUGGAACGAGCCCUUAAAACAAUCCCGACCAGAUCUAUGGCUGGACAAGUCUAAGGAUGUUGCAGGUGAAACAACUAUGACAAGAAGUGAAGACAAAAGGCUAUGUAACCUUGAGGGCCAAGAUGCUUAUGUUUCUCCAAACAAUCUUUUCCCAAGGCCUAAUCAAUCUUCUCUCCCAGGUUUUCUAAACAAUGCAAUGCCGUAUAAUUCUUUUCUCAGAUGGGAUCCUUCAAAUUUGUCGUUAUCUCAUUCGCAAAGCGCUGGAUUGCCAGCCCAACCAGAAGAUUUCCACAACUUCAACCUUGUACCAUUGCCUUCAUCAGCAGUAUCUGUCCCGUCAGGUUCUCAGCCGGUUCUUGUUUAUCAACCUAGAAUGACACAAUCUUAUUUUCCUUCACCAGAAGAAUUUGAUCCAAAACAAGUAAACUUUCAGAUGUUGAAUCCCAUUUCCCAAUUAUCAAAUCCCCUUACUUCACGUGUUCACUUCACAGCUGAACCAGUUAGACCAUUCCAUUUCAGCAUGACAUCAAGUGUUCCCCCUUCCCAAAACAGUGGUGGAAGGGAGCCAAACAAACAUGACGAAUUCAAUGACCCAGUCUAA